AUGCCCAACGUUCCUACUACUUGCCUGGACCAAUCUUAUCAGCCGGUUGUGGUCCCGACCGUGCAAAGCGAAGUCGGCGAAGCCGUAGCAGAAGCCUUACCAUCCUUGCGACAGUUCAUCCUCGAUGUGCCCAGGCAGAGUGACGGUUCUUUAGGUGCUGCCGACAGCGAAAAGCUGGGCAAGAUUUUGAAGGGCAUGAGCCCUGAAGAAGUCAAUGCCAAAGAUGAUGGUGAUGAAGGGCGAACAGCGCUUCACCAUGUCGCCCGACGAGGCUUGCAAGGGGUUGUUGCCCGCUUGCUGAACCACGGUGCCAUGGUUUCGGCACAGGACGCGAAGAGAAACCAGCCGUUGUUCUUGAGCUGCCAAGGGGGGUUUGUCGAGACAACAACAGAGCUUCUAGAGCAUGGCGCAAAGGAUUUCAUCGAUGCGAGAAACCGCUUCGGGCAGACGGCGCUUCAUUUCGCUUGUAGAAAAGGAAGAAGCCCAAUUGUCAAGGUGCUGCUAGAAUACGAGGCAAAGACCAAUAUCGUGAGUAACGGCAACAGAUCGCCAAUUUUCGAUGCUUCCAGUCGGGGCCAUCCGGAGAUUGUCCAGCUCUUACUUUCCCACAAAAGCUGGAAUAAAGUGUUGCUUGGGAAAAAAGUCACAGCAACGGGUCGGACCCCUCUACAUGCCGCUGUCUACAAAGGGCACGACGAAAUCGCAGAGAAGCUAUUGGAAAGCGGCUCAAAGCUUGGUAUCUGUGAUAUUCAAGGGUGGACUCCGUUGAUGGCGGCAACCAAGCAGAAAAGCGUAGGCUUGAUGAAACUCCUUCUAGAACCUUCGAGAGCGAGUCAAGAUCGACAGCUCGAGAAGGCAGAUAAAGAAAAGUUCACGCCGCUGAGGGCAGCAGCUGCACAGGGCUUUUUGACUGGCGUUGAUAUGUUGAUCAAAGCUGGCGCAAAAUGUACUUCCGUGGACCUUGAGAUGCCAGAGUUAUUAUCAUCUAACGAGGAAUUCAUUAAAGAGGACUCGAACCGGGCAGUUCUGAACCCCGAGACUCUGGCGCUCCUACUCAGAACCGCGAGCCGCUGGAGGUACGAGAAGAUAGUCGAAUAUCUUCUUAGGUCCGCCAAUAUCCACGAUUGCAAUACGCCAAAUGAGAAAGGCUGGAGUGGCCUGACGAGCGCGAGCUUAUACGGUCAUGCUAAGAUUGUUGACCUUUUCUUGGCAAACGAGACGAAAGUCGGCCUGUCUCAGGAAGAAAAGGGGCAGGCGUUACAAGCAGCAAGCAAACAAGGCUACGACAACAUCGUCAAGCGACUGACAGAUGAAAAAGUAAAUACACCGAUUGAUUUCAAGGAUCAGGAGGGCAUGACUGCACUACAUCAUGCCAUACGUGGGGACACCCACAAUCUCGAGGAACAAGAUGAGAAGUUCCUCGAUCCAAGUCCUGUCGAUAGAGGCGAGGAAAAUUACACUGGAUCAGAACCUGGAAAGUACGAUGAUGUAGUGCAACUUCUCCUUGACGCUAAGGCGAAACCAGGAGAAAAAACAAAAGGGGGGGAAACAGCACUGCAUCUCGCGGUAAGAGGUCCCAGUUCUAAGCGUAUUAAUCGAGUCAAGGUCAUCCUUGAGCAUAUGGAGGAUGAUGAUGUUUGGGCGGUAAAUAACGAGGAACAAACUGCCCUGAGUUUAGCCUUCGAAGCAGCGAAUUCGGAAAACCAGGAGGAAGACGACGGACAUAACAUUGCGCGAUUAAUUCUCCUAAAACGCAGAGUACAAACCGAGCACGGCAUGGAAAGCGUCCAGACGAAUGAUUGGAGCGCCAUCGAGUUGGCAGCCUACCAUGCUCUUCCAGAAGUCCUCGCCUUACUGUUGAUCAACUCUACAUCAAUGAAGGAGACAAUGAAAUGUGUGGACUCUGCAAAGACGUUAGUUGCGGAGAAAAUGAGUCGAAAAGGGGAGUUUCCGACUAAAGCGAAGUCGGGGACAGUUGCUACAGCGUCGAUGCUCGCAGAGACGAGCGAACACAACGAAGAUGACAGCGAAGAUGAUCAAGAUGAUGAUGACGACAGCAAGCCCAGCGAGGAUCAAAACGGCUCUAAUGAUAAGGACGAGGAGGUGGGAUCCACCAAAGAGCAUCUUGUUAUGGACAUACUGAAUGAUCCUCAAAUUGUAACAAUCAAGGACAGUGAGAGCUACGAGCUCCCACAGCCUGAACGCGGCGUUGAGGGCUUACUAAAAGAUCAUAGCGCCUCAAUAUUUCAAUUUUACGCUGACGAGAAGGAAUCAAGCAUUAUUCAACGAUUUCGAACCGUGCAGCAAGUCAUUUACGGCGAAGGACCGAAGAAAAUCAUGGAGGAGGCAGUAAAAAAUCUGAAAAACAUCUAUGGGAAGAUGAAAUCACGUCCUCUGAUAGCUGAUCCUGAAACUAAAACGAAACCUAAGUUUACAUGGGUUCACUUAUCUUCGACAAAUGAUGCCUUAAAGCGGAUACUGAAAGAUGAAGGAUACAGCAAAGAUCGAUUCCAAACGAUUAAAUCUUUUUUCCAGGACAGUUGGGCAGAAAUUCCGGACAAGACAUCGCCAUCCCGGUUUAUGAGACCGCAGCAUAGCUGCAAAUCCUUGCAGGCGGAGAAGAAUGAUCAAGACGGACGCUGUACCGCACUCUAUAUCCCUUACCUUUCCUUUGCGAGAUAUUGCCGAGGUCAGUGCUCAGACCACACUGAAAAUGCCCGGGGCGAUGACUUCCAUGAGAAGAGGAAGCGCCAAAAGCUUCAUGAAGAGGCCCGGCGCUGUCAGGAAUUAUUAGAAGCCUAUAAGAACCGAGUCAUUCACGGCCCCUCGACGCUCGAUGAAUGGUACUACCACUUUGAAGCCGAGAUUUCUUCAUCUGAGGAUAAACAACGCCGCAAUGAGACCCAGGUUGUGACAAAAAGCCUUAGAGACAACACAAGCGAGGGACAUCAUUGGCGUUUAGUUCGGGUUAAUCAACUAUGGGCUUGGGUCAUUGGUAACAAAUGGCUAAUAACGGCAACUUGGGAUCCAAUUGAUGGGAUGGAAGAGACUCUCCCACAAGGUAUCAUCGACGAUAUCCGAAAGCAAGCCAAGAUCAGAGGCAAACGAUACCAGCCAUACAGCCCACUUUAUAUGAGCAAGCUCUUAGUUGAUUACUGCAUCGGAUCUUAUGAAAGGGCGCGUAUUCCCGCGGAUAAGGACCCAGAACAUGAGCAACAAGUCUCAAUCCGUCAAAUAUUUUCUAAUUAUAUCAACACUAUUGGAAGAGACGAGACAGCGUUGUUCGAGAGAUUCAGCAAAUUCAGCCUGAAAACAAAUGAUAGACACGGACUUGAGCAUCUUUUACUAGAUAAUGAGAUAAGGAAGGCCACUGAAGAGGCAAAGAGGAUGUCCUGUGAAAUCAAGGAUAUACGCGAUGAACUCAAUAUUCUCAAGUCGGUUGCUCAGUACCAAAGGGAUGUUGAACAAAAGCUAUCCACCAAUGAUUCGAGCAAGAUGGGCUCCCGAAAUUCCAGUCUCAGGGCAAACUACGUGGUCGAGGAUGUUAGCCAGAUGGAUAGAGUAUCUCUCCGCAUCCAAUCUUCCAUCAGCGAAACCCUCUCCUUGGAGCAAAGUGAAAUUGCCAAUCUUCAGGCAACUCUAUCAGUAGAGCAAGGGAAGACCCUCAUGGCCUUCACCAUUGUGACGGUUGUGUUUCUACCUCUCUCCUUCCUCGCGACCUUUUUCGCCAUGGACACUGAUUCAUUUCAAAGGAGUGCCUGGUGGGCUAAACUCGCUGUUUUUCUCCUCUCUUUCGGCUUGUUCAUUUUGUUCCCCUUCAUAUUCAGACCAAUAAGCCAGCUCACCACCUACAUGUUAAAUAAAGACAAGCAUGGCAAAAAGCUUCCCGUUACAAGCAACAGAAGUACCGAUCUUAGAGCUAAGCCAAUUGACUUGGGAUCUCGAACACCGGCGGAAGUUGAGGAGGCUGUUACUGCCCGAAGCAUCAUAAAAGGGGAUAUACUAGCUCGGCGCUUCAGAAAAUCUGAUCAAGACCAUGAUUAG